AUGGGCUCUGCGGACGUCGUGGCCAAUGGCCGGGACACCGGCGGCCAUGUGCUACGGCCGCGGGCGCGCAAGCCGGUGCACUCGCAGCUGUCCCACGUGUCGCGAACGUCGGCCGAGGAGAACCACCACUUGACGGUUGCCGAGCCGGACAGCGCCAUGACGAGCGGUCGCUCGACUCCGGUUCCCGAAAACGCGCCUCCCUCGACCAAGUCAUUGUCGUCAGCCCGCAAGCAACUCCGUGCCGAGCAGCGGCGACGCAUCUUCCCAACCAUUGAAUUCGCCUCGCGCGUGUCCCAUUUCGACCCCGAGAGCGACUACCGCGACUUCCACGGCUUCUUCAACCUCUUCUGGAUCGGCCUCGCCAUCAUGGGCAUCACCACCAUGCUGCGCAACUUCAAGGACACGGGCCACCCCCUGCGCAUCCAGAUAUGGACCCUCUUCACCGUCAAGCUGUGGCACCUGGCCAUUGCCGACUUCCUCAUGGUCGCUGGCACCGCCGUCAGCCUGCCGCUGCACCGGUGGGCGCGCGCGAGCGCCCCCGACAGCGCCUGGACGUGGAAGAAGGGCGGCAUGGCCGUCCAGAGCCUCUACCAGGUGGCCUGGCUCGCGCUUUGGAUCUUCAUCCCCUUUUGGCUUGAGUGGACGUGGACCGCCCAGGUCUUUCUGCUGCUGCAUACCAUGGUGCUGCUCAUGAAGAUGCACUCGUACGCCUUCUACAACGGCCACCUUUCCGAGACGGAGAAGCGCCUGCACGCCCUUGACAACCCGUCGUCGGACGCGGAUCGCGGGCCCGCCUACCAGUACCCGGCGGCCGUGCUGCGCAAGGCCAGCAUAUCCGGGAUCCCCACGUCCAUGAACCCGGCCGCCGCCGCCAAGCCGACGCUGGGCGAACAGACGCCGCCCGACGACGAAGACGACGAGCGCAGCGCCGAUGAGCUCGAGACGCUGCGCGAGGACCUGGCGCGGGAGCUCACCAGCCCCAUGGGAAACAUCACGUACCCGCGCAAUCUGACCUGGUCUAACUACUUCGAUUACCUGCUCUGUCCGACGCUCUGCUACGAGCUCGAGUACCCGCGCACGAAGUUUAUCAACUGGACCUCGCUCAACGCCAAGAUCGUCGCUACUUUUGGCUGCAUCUUUCUGCUCACCAUCACUUCCGAGGAGUUUAUUGUCCCUGUCCUGGCUGACGCCUCACGCCGCCUCGAUGAGGUGGCGGUCACCUCGGGGUCUGUAUCCGAGUCGACGCUCAUCCUUGCCGAGAGCAUCUCGUGGCUUCUCUUCCCCUUUAUGCUGACCUUUCUGCUCGUCUUCCUCGUUAUCUUUGAGUACGUGCUUGGCGCCUUUGCUGAGAUUACGCACUUUGCGGACCGCCACUUCUACGCCGACUGGUGGAACUCGACCGACUGGAUGGAGUUCUCGCGCGAGUGGAACGUGCCCGUCUACUCGUUCCUGCGGCGGCACGUGUACAGCGCGAGCAGGCCGCACACGGGCAAGGCGGGUGCCAUGGUCAUCACCUUCCUCAUCUCGGCCGUGGGCCACGAGAUUGUCAUGGCGUGCAUCACCAAGAAGCUCCGCGGCUACGGCUUCGUCUGCCAGAUGCUGCAGCUGCCCAUUGUCAUGCUGCAGCGGACCAAGUGGGUGCGGGGGAGGGAGACGCUCAACAACGUGUGCUUUUGGUGUAGCAUGAUCAUGGGACUCAGCAUGAUAUGCGCGCUAUAUGUCUUGGUUUGA